AAAAGCGACCUUGAAGAGGGACUCUACUACCACGUGCUUGUCGUGCUGACGGCAAUAGCUUGUUGUCACUGCUUUUGUCUGUGGCGGUCAUUGGCAUCGAGGAGAUAAUGGAUUUGUCGUUGCGUCAUCGUCUGGAGGGCAGCGAGCUGUGCGACAUGGAUAUAGGCGACUACCUUUUUCGCGGUGGUCAGUCUUUGAGUCGAGCUGGGGCAAAUGGUGACUGCGCGGUUGGAGCGUCAGCGGUUUCACUGUGCUAUCAUCCGACAGCAGCAGGGCUGCAUCCUCUCUCCUCCUCCGCGGCCGCUAGUACUCGAGGCAUCCCCUCCCCGGCGGUCUUCUCCUCGUCCUCGCCGGCUCAACAAUCUCCGUUUGCUCUUGCGGACUGCUUCAAGCUCAACAACAACAGCAGCAGCAGCAGCAGCAGCAGCACUGGCAUCGUCUCGUCGUGUGGCUUUAGGGUAGUCAAGCCGUUCGCAGAGGUCCGAUCCCUGUACGCUUCUUCUUCUUCUUCUCCUUCGCCUUCCCCGAGGUCCCCGAGGUCGUUGACAACCGAGAUCCCGUCGUUCGUCUUUGACCCCAGGAGCCAGUCGCAUGCCGAGAUCCCGAUCCCGACGAACGAUAUCCUUGCGAAGGAGGCGACGGAAUCGAGUACGCUUUCGCGCCACCACCGAGGGGAACGCAGAGAGGACUGCGGGCAUCAGCGUCCGCCGACCUCUUCGGAGUCGGGAUCACGAAGGCGGAAGGUGGGGGACGGUGAGGGGGAGCAGUGCCGGGCGGCGGAGACUGCCGCUGCUCGGAGUCGGCGUCAAGAAGACGAAAUGGGAGUCGGAGGUGGUCUUGUCGCAGCUCCGCGUGCGGGCGGUGGGGAGGAGGCGAGAACGACACCAACGCUGCCGACCUUUGCCUUCCCGGCGAGGCGGGACUGCGAAACGACGGCGGCGGAACCUCGACCUGGAGAUCCUCCUCAAGACCAUCGUCACGACGACGACGAGCGCGACGAUGGGCUACUGCUAACCACCACCUCCUCUUCCAGCGUGUCAUCGGGAUCCGAUUCCGUCGAGGAGACGAUGACGCUGGUGAGUGCAGGAACAGGGGCUCGGGGCGAUAGCAGAGGCAGCGGCGAUGACAAUGCGGUUUUGCAAGGAGGAGGAGGAGGAGGAGGAGGAGGAGGAGACGGGCCAACGACCGGGAUGCUGAUCUGUGACGGCAGUUCCGAGGAGAGAGGAGCAGUAGGAGGAGAAGGAGGAGAAGGGGGAAGGGAGAGGAGGAUGAUUUGCGACGGCAGCUUCGAGGAUCGAGGAAGAGGAGGAGGAGGAGGAGGAGGAGGAGGAGGUGGUGGUGGUGGGAAUCAGAGUCAGCCGGGGGGGGAGAUGAAGCGAAAACGAAACUUGCCAGGAACGCCAGAUCCGCAGGCGGAGGUUGUGGCUUUGUCUCCGAAGACCUUGAUGGCUACGAAUCGGUUUGUGUGCGAGAUUUGCAACAAGGGUUUUCAGCGAGACCAGAACCUGCAGCUUCAUCGACGGGGCCAUAACCUUCCGUGGAAGCUAAAGCAACGGCUGAGCAAAGAGUUAAGAAAGAGGGUGUAUGUCUGCCCGGAGCCGUCGUGUGUGCAUCAUGAUCCUACUCGUGCUCUCGGCGAUCUGACUGGCAUUAAGAAACACUACUGCAGAAAACAUGGGGAGAAGAAAUUCGAAUGCGACAAGUGCAGCAAGAAGUAUGCAGUCUACUCCGACUGGAAAGCGCACACAAAAAGCUGCGGGUCCCGGGAGUAUCGGUGCGACUGCGGAAUAGUCUUCCCCAGGAGAGACAGUUACAUCACGCACAGAGCGUUCUGCGAAGCGCAUACUGGGGAGGAUGCGGGAGGGGCGGGGGGCGCAUUCGGAACAGGCGGGCUCAACCCGCCGCCUUCCGAGGUGAUGAGCCCGCAGAGGCGUUCUCCAGGCAUCGGGAUCCGGGGGUUCCAUCCCGAUCAGAGUGAGUUCCGAGCUGCCGUCGAUGGAUCUGCAGCGGGGUUGGCUUGCUGGCUCAGCUGCGAGGACGAGAUGAUGAGGGAGAGUGGAGGAGUAGGAGUAGGAGUAGGAGGAGGAGGAGGGCGAGCAUCAGCAGAAGCAGCUUCGGCUAUGUCGGUAUCUCUGCGGCAACACCUUCUGGAGAACGGGUUUUGUCAUCCACCACCGGGGCUUGAAAUCCUGCCAAUCGAACUUGCAAACCCGUGGGUGGUUGGCUCUUCACAGCAUUCUUUUGAGGCCUUUCCGCCCACCAGAUCAUCUUCAGCAGCAGCAGCAGGAGGGGGAGGAGGAGGAGGAGGAGGAGGAGGAGGAAGAGGAGAAGCGGGGGGGCAGGCGCCUCAGGGGCGGAGUGGGAGCGCUAGCUUGAGCAGUUCCAGUCUUGCAUUAUGGAUGGGUCCACAUCGGACGCCACAGGAUCAUCAGUCUAUCGGCGAUCUCCUGCCUAGCGAUCCCGGCGGUAAUCCCGACUCCUCAUCAGCAGUGCCGCUGCUGCUGCCUCACCACCCGCUCCACGCUGGUGACCAUCCAAGGACAUGCUUGGGCCAGAGCAGCAGCACGCUCGGUGCGGAGCAUUCGGGCUCGGUAGUCGGAGGACCAUCGUCUUGCUGUCUCCUGUCGAAUCUCCAUAGUCAGGAGAACCAUAAAUUGGCUUCGCCUGUCAACUACAAUUUCCAUCACUCAACCUCCUUGAAUUACUCUCAGAUACCUCCUGCUCCGCGCCAAGCUGCUGGUAGUGUGUUUGCCAGCUUGUUCGCUUCGGGAACUGCCGGGCAGAUCCCAGUCAAGAGUCUCUUGACAAACGGGGGUGGCGCGGGUACUGCAGCAGGACCAUCUUGUAGCGAUAGAGUUGGAACAAGGUCGGGAUCAGUAGCAGCAGCAGGAGAAGAAGGAGGAGGAGGAGGAGGAGGAGGAGGAGGAGGAAGUGGUGGAGGACAUGCAGGACAGAUAGUCAUGAAGGGAGGGGAAGUAGAGAGAUUGCCACUGUCGUCCCGGAUGUCGUCCGAUCAACACAACUCCGACAUGAUGAUGAUGAGAGGGGUGGGGAACGAUGUGCUGCGUCGGCACGACGGUUACCAUCAUCACGUCAAUCGUGGGAUAGGAGGAGAGUUCGAAUCUCCUCCCACCCCGUCUGGCAAGCUGAGUCCUAUUCCCGGCGCUCAUCAGUCGAGCGCGGCUUAUCGGAAUUACACGGAGGUAGAAGCUGCAGCUAGUCGGUAUCCGGGCCGUCAUUGCGAGACGGCAGGAGGGUCGGAUGCAUUGAAUGGAGGACCCGGGAGCUCGAUGUUGCUGCACUCUGGUGAACCGAGGAGUUGUUCGUCACUUGGAGUUUCCGAUGGAGGAGGUGGGAUUGGGAGGAUGCCGUGGACGCCGCUGGCAACGAUGGGUCAUUACUCCGAACGCAAUCGGGAGCAGGAGCGAGGUCAGCAGCAGCAGCCCCGGGCUCAUCAUCGGCAGCAGGGAAGAGCUAAAGGAGGGGAGGCGGAGGAAGGGAGUGGGGAGUGCGGCGGCGCAUCAUUUGCUGCUGAGGGCCAGGGUGGUGCGCGCCACCAUGAGGGAGACGACAACGGCGAUCACGAGGAUGGCAACAGGUCAUCUUGUCUGGCAGUGCGGGAAACGAUGACGGCGGCAACGGAAGUGGAAGGAGAAGGAGAGGGGGAAGGGGGCGAGGGAGGGGGGGGGGAUUCCUCUCGAGGCUCCGCCGAGGCGGAGGGGGGGCCGGACGCAUCUUCGCGGACGGACGCCCUUCUCCGCGCAAGAUGUUGUGGGGCUCUUGGGCGAGGAAGAGGAGAAGAAUCUGCGGGACUCUUCCAUCAUCAACUGGCUGUGCCGGGAUCGGGAUUUGGCUUGACGUGGCUGGGGGGCUCGCCGCAACGAGGGGGAAGUUCGGGAUCCCGGGAACGGGCAAUCGCAGCUGCGCAGGAGCAUCUCGACUCUGGGUCGGUCAUUGAGUCAAGGAGCAGAGGGAGGGUGGGUGGAAUGGGAGGAGGUGGAGGAGGAAGGGGAGGAGGAGGAGGGGGAAGAGAUGGGGAGACUGCAGCAGCUCAUCUCGAUCAACAAAUCCAUAAUAACAUUGAAGAGAUAUUCGGACGGCUUGGUGACGAAAACGAUUGCCGGUGUGUGGGGAAGAACAGCUGCGGUGGUCGCGAUACCGACCAAACUGUCGCGGUUAUUUCCCGCCCGCAUGUGAGCAUGCAAGAGGCCGGCGACGGGAUAAUGCAAAGCAGAGAAACUCAGCUUGAAAGGACCAGCGGCAGCCUUCCUCCUCAUCACGAGGACCUAGCCUCAGAAUCACGUCCCACUUCCGGCUUUACCCCUACAGCAGCAGCAGCAGCAGGGGGACAGGUAAGCAUCAUCCCUUCCUCUCUGUUGCCUUCUUCGGCAGCAAGUGGCACAAUGUCGUCUGCUUUGACUGGUGCUGCACCUGCCACUGAUAUUAGCAAGAUAGCAAUCACAGCAACGAAUCGCUCCCCGGCUUCGCUGCAGCGGAGCGAUCAAGAUGCAUUCCCAGGCGAUAACAAUAUCGUGCUUCUUCGAGGUAAGGUGGCUCGAGAGGGAAGAGGAGGAGGAGGAGGAGGAGUGGAAGGGGGAGGAGGAGGGGCAGUGUUGUUGUCAACGAGUUCGGACAAGGCUCAGCUUGGAGCGGUGACGAGAGAUUUCCUUGGUAUCGGACGAAACGACAAAAGGGUAUUUCCCCCUUUGUCCCCAACGCAGCUGGCCGAUCUGGCUGUGAUAGAGAGCAUAAGAGGGGGGUUCAAUAGGAGUAGGAGUAGGGAAGGUGGGAAUGGGAGCGAUCCGAGGGCGGUUUUCAUGAUGACUGCUGCUGGCGUUCCCACCACAUCUGUGAUGACUCAGCUUGGCAGAGAGAACAUCGAGCUCCGUCCUACUCCAGUCAGCAUCAUCAUCUUGAGUCUUCUGCCUGCGACGACACCAAUCAUGGCAGGCCUGUACCGAAUACCUGGAUUGCACAAGCCUUGUAGCCUCUUCUUGAUCGACACGUGUCACAGUGGAGGAUCAUCUGAUUCCCAAGAACAUGGCAAGAAGUGACUGAGUGAUCUGAAUCCGUUUGUGUACAGUCUGUGAUUGAGAAAAACAAAACGGCCCACCUUGU